GGUUUGGCCGUUUUAGACAUGAGAAGAGGGUUUUAAUGGGGGAGCUGAGCAUUUCUAUUUCUUCCCCGUCCUGAUGCAUCCCUUUCUUCUUCUCUAGCCUCAUCUUUAUAGGGCGCUCUCCUCUCCCUCCUCCUUGGGCGGCGCAGCCGCACCUCCCUCUCCCCCUUUUCCUCGCCAUUAAUGUGCCGCUUGUAAUCCCGGUACCGGUAGCAUGGGCGGUGGUGGGCGCAACUAGCCUUUCUUUCUUGGCGGUUCUUGGGGCCUUGUGGGGUGAGCGCCGACGAGGUUUGGAGGGAAUGGGGGUGGUGCGGAUGAAGAAGCACCGGGCGGCUUCCGCCGUGUUCCUGUACGCCGUGGUGGUUCUUGGGGUGUUGAUGGGCGGCGCCGGCGUCCGCGCCUUCGAGGAUGGCACCGCGGUGUACAUUGUCACCAUGAAGCAGUCGCCGGUGUUCCACAGGCGCCUUAACUUGGAGAAGUUCGGGAACAGCAGAGUCGCCGAUGCCGCAGGAGGCGGCAGCGGCGGCGGCGGAGGAAGCGGAGGGGGAGCUGGGGACACCCCGAGCACCAGCGUGCUCAGGAAGCCAAGACAUGGUUCACCCAAGCCUAUGAAUUAUGGCUCCUACCUUGUUCGCCUUCAAAAUUUACUACUGAAGAGGACGCUAAGAGGAGAACACUAUAUAAAGCUGUACAGCUACCGCUACUUGGUUAAUGGUUUUGCUGUUGUUAUCACUCCUCAGCAGGCAGACAGGCUAUCCGGAAGAAAAGAAGUAGCAAAUGUGAUGUUGGAUUACUCAGUUAGGACAGCAACAACUCACACCCCUGAAUUUCUUGGACUGCCACAAGGAGCCUGGGUUCAAGAAGGCGGUCCGCAAUUCGCUGGUCAGGGUGUUGUCGUUGGCCUCAUUGACACAGGAAUAGAUCCAACCCACCCUAGCUUCGCAGAUGAUCUGUCAACUGAUAGUUAUCCAGUCCCUGCUCACUACUCUGGCAUUUGUGAGGUUACAAAUGAUUUUCCAUCGGGAUCCUGCAACAGAAAGCUUGUAGGUGCUCGGCAUUUUGCAGCAUCUGCAAUAACUAGAGGAGUCUUCAAUGCUUCCCAAGAUCUUGCUUCACCAGCUGAUAGUGAUGGCCAUGGGACGCAUACAGCAUCCAUUGCUGCUGGUAAUCACGGAAUUCCUGUUGUUGUGGCUGGGCAUCAAUUUGGAAAUGCAAGUGGCAUGGCUCCUCGUGCACACAUUGCUGUCUAUAAAGCUCUUUACAAAAGCUUUGGAGGUUUUGCUGCUGAUGUAGUGGCUGCAAUAGAUCAGGCAGCUGAAGAUAAUGUUGACAUAAUCAGCUUAUCCAUUACUCCUAAUCGGAGGCCUCCCGGCCUGGCUAUAUUUUUCAAUCCAAUAGAUAUGGCACUUUUGUCAGCUGUAAAAGCUGGCAUAUUUGUGGUGCAAGCUGCAGGAAAUACUGGCCCUUCCCCUAAGAGCAUGUCUUCCUACAGUCCUUGGAUAUUUACUGUAGGAGCUUCUGCCCAUGACAGGGUAUAUAACAACUAUGUUGUACUUGGCAACAAUUUGACCAUUCAAGGAGUCGGGCUUGCUCCUGGAACGGAUGGUGAUUGCAUGUACACUCUAAUUGCUGCACCUCAUGCGCUGAAAAACAAUACAGCCAGUCCUACUGAAUUGUCCCUGGGGGAGUGCCAAGAUUCAAGUCGGUUAGAUGCAGAUUUGAUAAAAGGAAAGAUACUAGUGUGCAGCUAUUCUAUAAGAUUUGUACUUGGUCUUUCUUCAGUGAAACAAGCUUUAGAUACAGCCAACAAUGUCAGUGCUGCAGGAGUUAUAUUCUAUUUAGACCCAUUUGUUCUUGGGUUCCAGUUGAACCCAACUCCAAUGCGCAUGCCUGGACUUAUAAUACCAUCAUCUGAUGACUCUAAGGUAUUUCUCACUUACUACAAUGACUCCCUAGUGAGAGAUGAGACAUCAGGACAAAUUGUCAGCUUUGGUGGAGUUGGAAAAAUACUAGGGGGUCUAAAUCCGAUUUAUGGAAAUUCUGCACCGAAAGUAAUGUUCUAUUCUGCUAGGGGUCCUGACCCUGAGGACAACUCAUUGUCGAAUGCUGACAUCUUGAAACCAAAUCUGGUAGCACCUGGAAGUUCCAUUUGGGGUGCUUGGAGUUCCCUUGGAUUGGAUUCUGCUGAAUUUGCUGGUGAAAGUUUUGCAAUGCUCUCGGGCACAAGUAUGGCUGCACCCCAUGUUGCCGGCCUUGCUGCUCUAAUCAAGCAGAAGUUUCCUUCUUUUAGCCCAGCAGCUAUAGCUUCUGCAUUGUCUACGACCACAACUCUUAGUGACAGGCAAGGGAAACCAAUCAUGGCACAGAGAACAUACAGCAACCCAGACUCAACACAGUCUCCUGCUACAGCAUUUGAUAUGGGGAAUGGCUUUGUCAAUGCUACUGCUGCUUUGGACCCAGGGAUCAUAUUUGAUUGCAGUUACAACGAUUUCUUCUCCUUUCUCUGUGGCAUAAACGGGUCCGGCCCAGUAGUGACGAACUACACAGGCAACAGCUGUGCGGCUUCCACCAUGACAGGAGCAGAUCUAAACCUACCCUCAAUCACCAUAGCAGUGCUCAACCAGACAAGAACCAUAACUAGAACGGUGACCAAUGUGGCGGCUGAUGAGAGCUACACGGUUAGCUACAGCGCUCCCUAUGGAACCGUGGUCUCUGUGGCGCCAACACAGUUCGUCAUUCCGAGCGGGCAGAAGCAGCUACUGACCUUCGUCGUGAACGCCACCAUGAACAGCUCUACUGCAAGCUUCGGGAGCGUUGGGUUCUACGGUGACAAAGGCCACCGGGCGAUCAUCCCGUUCUCGGUGAUCUCCAAGGUUGUAUACAGUUCCUGAUGAGUGAUGACUGACGAGCUGAGCUGAUGCUCUGGAUGCAACGCAAACCAGGGCCUGACUGAUCCCAACAUAUGCAGUGAAUUCUUGACUGCUGGGGGUGGAGUGGGGCUUACCUUGACUAGGGAUUUUUUGUUGGUUGUGGUGUGUACAUUCUGAAGCAUGUUUGAUGUAAGUAGCCGAGUGAUUAACUAGUAACUGUAAAGAGAAUGUACCAGAGCAACCUAUUGCCAUGAAUGGGGAAAUCCUUUUGCAAGAGAA